AGAACAUCAAGAGAUUAUUGGUGUACUACAGCAAUGCAAUCGGUGCACGUGGUUGUAAUUAGAAGACUUUUUUUAUUUAUACCAGAUCAAUUUGUCACGACUUCUUCGAAGAAGUUCGCUAACUCGUCUCAACAUAGAUUAUUUUUUCUGUGACACGUCGCAAGCACUCAAACCAAAAGAUGAAGAAAAGUUGGUUGGUUCCUUGUCUGGGUUUUCUUGGUUCGUUGUCUGCGGUUGUUACAGCGUUGAAACUGCGCAAUGGUCCGAAUUCUGCUACGUCCGCAGCAGCUACAAGCGCCAAGCUUUCUUACGCUGGCAUCUUGAACUUUCAUACUCAGUCUCAGUUCUCGUUCGCCCGAAGAUUCUCAUGAAUUCUUAUCAUCUCACAAAUUUCUUCAUCUUCUAAAAGCAAGCUACUACCUCCUCUUUGUGUCCUUCACAACUUCUAAUGUAACAAGCUAGCUGCGGUAGCCAAGUCGCUAUCUGCACUGGAGGCGACGCAAAAGACGGAGUUGGGAAAGACAAUCCUCCAACCUUUUGUUGCUCAGGUCAAAGCCUUAUUGGCCCACAAGGACCAGAAGGACACUGACCAGAAGAGUGCAGGUGCUGUCGAGAAGCAAGCCGAUGCGCUUACGCUGUUAAGGCGAAUAGCAUGUUGAUAGAACUCCUUGAUUCUCUCUUUGAAUCGUAUAUAACAAACUAAGAUUGAUUCACCAACUUCUUCACCAAAUGUCCCUGAGCAGUUUUUAAACAGAUCAUCAGGUAUAGAUAGUGACUCUGUCAACUUUCUAACCUAAUCACUGGUGCACCGACUGCAACAGCGUGGAGGAGAAUUAUUGCGCGACCAACAGAAACAGAAAAUUGAUCUUCUACUCGGAGUGCUUUUGAGUCGAAAAGCUGCGCCGUUGGCAGAGCAAUAUGAAGUCCUCGCGGAUUCCCAGUUCAAGGAGCUACCAGUCGUCAAGUCUGUUCUUAAGGUUCUAAUGUAGAAAUCAGUAGGUUUAGGUGAAUUCACAACUCAAGAAUCGAGGAUUAUAAUGAAUGUGAAUCUUUACAGGAAAGGGUGUUAUUUCCUUAUAUAUAGCCUCUUCUAAUCUUAUCGGAAAAAAGGGCAGCGACGAUCGUGCUUUGGUUGAGCAAUGUGGGGAGUUCUUGGACAGCCAUCCUACGUCAAAUAACCUGCUCGAAGCCAGCGAGGGUUCAGAGGCCGAACCCAGCGACAAGAAGGAUGAAGCAGGUAAAGACGAAAAGGAAGCAUCUGCUAACGAAGUCGGUGAGAAGUCGACCAAGGAAGCCGGAAGCGCAGAGUACAAAGAGAAGGUCGAGAAGCAAAUUGAGGAUUAAGGCGAUUAUUUUACUUGUGUGUCUAACAAGUCAUACUUACUGGACAAGAAGAACAUCAUAAUCGUUCGUGCCUUGUUUGAAAAGUAGAUUAUCGUACGAGAGUCCUUCGCAAGGAAGAUUGAACCGCUUCCAUCUCAGUCGAGUUGCACCUUUUGUCUCUCAGGCUAACCUGUUCCCUGCUCUUACUAUAACCUCCUCUCCUCUCUCAGUAUAACCAGCCCUCACCUCUAAUACACGGAAACGAAAAAACAGGAGCAAAAAGCUCUGAAUGAGCGACUAGUUGUACGCCGCAAGAAAAACCCUCCUGCACAAGGAAACGAUCAGAAGGAAAUGGUUCUUAUGUUUUUUUUUGUGUGGUGAAGUAUGACCUUUAGAAGAGAUGUGAUGAUGAUAGACGAUGGAAUUUGAAAGUACUACAACUGCAAUGAAUUGUUCUGCACCAAUAUCCUUUCAUCCUUUCCCGGAAUAACCAACCUAGGUCGUCCGCAUGUUAGAGCAGAAGAUCAUGGGUAUGGUCAAGCGCCUAGAAGAAGCCCGUGAAAGUGGAGAAAUGACUCACGCCGAGAUCGCUGGUGCCGCGAAGAAUAUCAAAGUGAUGCAAAAAGCUCUGAAAGCAGUGAAGGAAAACGUUAUGCUUAGUGACUGGAAUGUGAGUUUGUUUUACAUAGUACUGUUUCUAAUUAAGGAGUCCUCGUAUUGCGUAGCUAAGAAUCUUAGUCAGUAUACGUUGACAGACCAUCAGGCCCGGCCAGAGGGUACGUGACACGACGUGUGUUUCUAGGUGCACCUUCUAACGCAAAUGCACAGUCACUCCAGGAGGCGCAAGAGGAGCUCAUUAAGAGCAUGCAUGACAUGCAAAGAAUGGCGGUAUGAGCACAGGGAUGUUGAUAUGCGCAUUUUUAAACACUGUAGAACACCACCUAUUGAGUCGUCUCCUCCGCUAGAUUUGAAGCACUUUGACGGGCUCCUAGUAUAUACCUCCUAGAGACACAAGACACCGGAUGAUCAACUUUGCAGAAAAUCGACGUACAAUUUCCAAAGAUCAUAGUCAGUGACGAUGGAUACCCUCUCAUCCUCUACAACUUCAUGCACCUUCUACUAAUUCAAUCUGCAGCAUCGGACCCAAUUCCGUUUGAGGAUCUAGGCGAAGCACCUACAAUCGACGUGCAGCAUCCCGCCGGACAGGGAAUCCCGGGCGUCUCCGCAGACGGUGAUGGUGUGGGUGAACCUAUGGAAGACCAGGGUGCAGCGCUACCACCUCCUGCGGAAGAAAGUUAUGAAAUCUCGCCCAAUAUUUUACAUCAUAGAUGACCUCCACAUGGGUGCCUCUAUCAUCCUUGCAAAAAAUGUGUUGCAAAUUUCAGUUCAAAGGACAUAUUCGUUUGCUGUGUCUUUUGUUUUUCCAUUCCACGGAACUCUUUCGUCGUGGAGAGCCACACUCUUCAUAUCAUUCCAGAGCAGCCUCCGGAGCAGGAGAUCUUGGAAGUUUAUGAAGAAAGCAAGGACAACCUGGCAUUGUUGCAGCAGUCAGCCGUCGCGCAGUCAGCCACCGCAAAGGAUUGCCCAUAUUGCAAAGCUUAUGGCAACAAGAUAGAUCGACGUGGACUAGAGAGUAGAAGACGUAGGGAUAGUUGCAGAAACAUAGUUAUACGACAAUUAUUCUCAUGUAGAAGGUCAUUCCUGUUGUAGUGGACCGUCUUGUUGCAGUCCAAAAUGAUUCCUGUCUAAUAAGUCCAGUGCUUCGAGAAGUGUCAUGAUAGCGGCAACACGUACGUCCGCUGUCUGUCAACCUGUGCAGAGGUCGGGAACUAAAAAUCGAUGAAGGUCUGAUCCUUUGUUGUACACAUGACGAUUUCUUCGAGAAAUUGUUGGAGUUUGAUGAUGAAGACUUUUUUUCGAAAAUUUGUCUAGCGAAUCGAGAAGAAAACGAUACUGAACAUUUUUUUCCUUGCAAGAAUGAAUAGUGAAGUGUGGCCUGCGGUAAAAAAGAACUUGAAGAAGAUGGAAUUUGAUGUAUUUGCUCCAGAAAACGUAGACGACUUGUUGUGCGCGUCAGAUACCACAAGUCACAGGAUGUAAAGGUUGGUUCCUGCUCUUUCUGGUAUGCCAAAAUCAGCACUCUCAUUUGGUCACAACUACGGCGCGCUCCUGCAAACACUUCUUGUUAUGUACUUCUUGG